CAAAACCUCCUCCUUCUGCUCCUUUUUCAACCAGCACGAACCAUCACAACAUCCAGCCAGUGAGUGAGUGGGCGAGUGUCAUUCGUGCGGUCAUUGUGGAAAGGUGAAAAUAUGGCGAUAUUCGUGCACGGACAGUGAAAAUUUUCCAAACCCCCGUCGCGUGAAGAAAAGGAAAGUGGAAGGUUCCGCCACCAUGAGCUAUCAGAUAACGCUGCAGGACUGUAUCAACGACAGUACGACGACGUUCGACAUCGAUGCCUUCGACGUGAUCCAGCAACAGGUCCCGCAGUACCUGGACGGGGAUGGGGAAGAGGAGGACGACGACGAGGAAAAACCUUCCCAUUUUGGUUGCGCCCAGCUGCUGGAUCAGAGUGGAGGAGCGCCUGGUGCUUCAGCUGGUGAGACCAAACUGAAGGUGGUCCAAGUCGACGAAAGUGGUUCCGGCAAAAAGUCCAGCAGCAAAAACAGUGAAAAUAGUAUUCUGGUUAAAUUUGAGAGUGUUGAAGAACAGGAUGACGGAGGUAAUUAUGAAAACAAUACUCUAAACGAAGAAGGAGAGCCAUCGCAUGCUACUAUCACAAUCGAGGGAUCUGACGGUCAGGUGUUGGGCCGAUAUCGGUGCAACUACGAGAGAUGCGACCGGAGUUACAGCACCGUUGGCAACCUGCGAACCCACAUGAAGACUCAUCGGGGUGAGUACAAGUUUAAGUGCACCGAGGAUGGCUGCAGCAAGGCCUUUCUCACCUCGUACAGCCAGAAGAUCCACGUCCGUGUUCACACCAAAAUCAAACCGUUUGUCUGUGCGGACAGUUCCUGCCGGAAGGCGUUCAACACGCGCUACCGGCUGCGGGCCCACGAGCGGCUGCACAACGGGGAGACGUUCAAUUGUGAGGUUUGUUCCAAGUUUUUUACCACGCUGAGCGACCUCAAGAAGCACUCGCGAGUUCACACGCAGGAGAGGCCGUACAAAUGCAAGGAGGACAAGUGCGGCAAGGCGUUCACCGCGUCGCAUCACCUGAAAACGCACAUUCGGACCCAUUCGGGCGAGCGCCCAUUUUCCUGCGCCAUCGACGAUUGCCACAAGGCGUUUAGCACGCCACACAGCCUCAAAUCGCACACCAAAACCCACGAGCGGAAGAAAUCGUCCAAAUCAACGAACAAACAGCGCAAGGCCAAGGUGGUGGAUGAGUUCUCGGAACCGACCGUCAAGGAGGAGUACAAACUCAGCUGUAGCGAUGGCCAAUCCGAUGGGGAUGAGUUGGUGGAUGAAUCGCCGCAGGUCAGCCAACCGGAAGCGGUUUUUAACUUGGUUGACUUUCACGAGUCUAAAGCUCUGGAGAUGGCGCUGGCUUCCGAGGAAGAGUUCAACGCUCCGUGGGUGGACAUUUCGGUGCUGGGGACGAAACCGCUGGCUUUGGAUCCGGUGACGUCUUCUUGUGUGGCGUUGCCGACCAGCGUUCCGUCGUAUGUGGAUUUGCCAUUCAAUGUGAACGUGGCGGACUUUGUCGAGGAGGUUGAUCCUGUGGCCAGCGCCGGCGAGGAGCUUUUCCUCGAUAGCUACGACUACGACGAGAAUCUGAUGGAGGAAAAUGCCCGCAAGGAGAUCGACGAGGCGAUCCAGAUCAGCGAGCAGAACGUGGCCAAGCAGGAACAGCAGGACACGGACAACAUCCUGAACGAGCUGUUCAUGGAGGGACUGCUGCCGGCGGCGACGACGAUCACCACGGAAGUCCAGCAGCAGGACGGCAACAACAACAACGUCAGCGUAUUCACGGAACCACCCAUCAAGACCACCCUCAAGGACAUUACGGCAGACGCGGACAUUUGUCGCUGCGUCAACUGCCAGUGCGAUCCUAACCACGGUUGCGUCGGCGGCUGUGGACCGGAGAACCCAUGCCGUCCGAACCAUCACCACGAACCACCACCCACCACCUUCCCAAAUCUCUUCCACCAAAGCAAUCAAACCGUACCACCGCCACCUCCACCGGCAGCCAAGACCGGUUGUUGCGGCGGAACCGCAGCCAAAAAGCCCCCGGAACCGUCCUCCCCGCUGGAUCUGUUCACGAACCUGCUGCGGCAGCAGGGCUGCAGCUGCAGUGGUCCCACCGAGGGUGUCGCCAAGGGGUGCUGCGUCGUGAUCUGCCUGAAGACGCUGGAAACGCUCAAGCAGGUGCUGACGCAGCAGCCGAACCUGGUUCGGUGUCACAGCGGCGGCGUCGGCAGUGCCAUAGCCAAUUAGCGAGUCCAAAAACCGAAACACGUGUGUGCCAUUACGAGCGUGAUGCUAAUCGCGGGAAGAUCCAGUCAGGUAGAGUUAAGAUGUUUAUGUUUGUUAUAGUUUUUGUUUUGUAAUUUUAUGUUUGAGACCACUGUUCUAUGAUCUUUGAACGAAAAUUUUCUCGAUCAUCCUUGUGCUCCCGAUCUUGAGCUCCUUAACAGUCUUAGUUACGUCCUUGUGACCCAUCAUCAUUUUUUAAGUGAUUCGUGACAAAGCGAAUCGUUCGACUUCCCUACGUCAUCUUGACUUUAAUAAGGUCAACGCAAAGUCAUUCACACAGUUAUUUGUUAAAGAGUUAAAGUUUAAAGUUUCUGUCCAGUUGUUGUGAAGUUUACCAAGACAGCUACAAAAAAAAUCACUCCAUGUUACCGCCACACUCUUUUUGAUUUCUCGAUAGAAACACAUUCUCGCAGAGCACGUUCGUUUGACAUUCUACCGAAAUUCUGAUCACCUUUCCCAUGAUUGUUUUCAAAUGAUUGCUGUCAUCGAGUAACACUGCACGGCAAACAUUUUGCCGCCGAGUUAUAAUGUUCUGAAAACAAAAAUGAAAUAUUACUUUCACUUUUUUUAUUCAGUUUUUAAAGCAAAAUCAAAUUUGCAAUCGAAAAACACCUUUACAAAUUUUUGAUGAAAUGCACUGCCGUUCUACGCAUAAUUAUCC